GCCCAGAGGAAAGAGAGCGGGUAUCGUAGGAGGAAGGGAAAUCCCGGCUCCGGAUUCGGAGCGGGAGCGGCUGAGGCGGGGUGAUGGCCGCAGCCAUGCUGGCCGCCAUGGAGAAGGAAUUGAAUAAAUCCUACACAAAGAUUUUGUCUUUGACUACUACCUCAUACUCCUGGAUUAUGCAGUUGGUGGAAUAUCAUAAGCACUCAACCAUGAUAAGAGGAAUUGCAAUUGGAGCUACAUUAGCCCUGCUUUUCAUCGGCAUUGUCAUCUACUUUGUUUACAAGAGGAUGAAGUGGUCUUCACAAGAGCUUUCAGUAUCUCCUCAGUACAGGUUCCGUAAAAGAGACAAAAUGAUGUUUUAUGGCCGAAAGAUCAUGAGGAAGGUGAGUACCCUGCCAAACAGUCUUGUUGGUUACAGCACUGUGCCCCGGCAGAGAAUGAGGAAGAGAACCAAAGUUCUGUCUUUGGCUAAAAGGAUCCUGCGGUUCAAGAAGGACUAUCCCACCUUGCAGCCAAAGGAGCCCCCUCCCUCCUUGUUAGAAGCUGAUCUCACUGAGUUUGAUGUUAAAAAUUCUCAUCUACCAUCUGAGGUCUUAUACAUGCUGAAAAAUGUCCGAGUCCUGGGCCACUUUGAGAAGCCACUGUUUCUGGAACUCUGCAAACACAUGGUUUUUGUGCAGUUACAAGAAGGAGAGUACAUCUUCCGUCCUGGAGAUCUUGACAACAGUAUUUAUGUGGUACAGGAUGGGAGAUUGGAAGUUUGCAUUCAGGAAAAUGAUGGUACCGAGGUGGUGCUGAAAGAGGUCCUGGCCGGAGACAGUGUCCACAGCCUCCUCAGCAUCGUUGAUGUCAUCACUGGCCAUGCAGCUCCAUAUAAAACCGUCUCUGCCAGGGCAGGGGUACCAUCUACUAUUUUAAGGCUUCCAGCUGCUGCUUUCCAAGGUAUCUUUGAGAAAUACCCUGAGACCUUGGUGAGGGUAGUACAGAUCAUAAUGGUGCGGCUGCAAAGAGUGACCUUUUUGGCUCUACAUAAUUACCUAGGGCUUACCACUGAACUCUUCAACUCUGUAAGUCAGGCUAUUCCAUUGACGUCUCUGGCCAAUGUAACAUCCAACAAAAUUAAGAAGCAGAUGUCCUGUCCAGCAUCAGAUGAAGAACAAAAGGGAGAGAAGGUUGAGAAGUCCCAAGAAUGCUCAGAAUGCUCAGAUCAUAAGAGGGAAAGCCAGUUAGAAACCUGUUCGCUUCUUAUGAAGCGGAGCUUCUCCAGCCCACUGCCUUCAAUGCAUGGAGAGAAUUUUGAUGAACUAGGAAAAUUCCAAGGGAUUGGACCUGACACACAGACACCUCCAGGCUCUUCCAUUGGUACUAAAUCAGACUUGGGGAUGGUAUACAACAGGGCCAGACUUAAUCUCCUUUCGGAUGAACCUCCCGUGGUCUCCAGCAAGUCAAGGAAAUCAGUAACAUUGUCAGAGAUCCCCUCUGCUGUCAUCCAUUACUCGGAAGACAUUGAGGAACCUGGUAUUAGCUGGAAGACGGAUGCUAUUUUCAAAGCGGCCAAGAAAGAUCUUCUCACCCUGAUGAAACUGGAUGAUCCUUCACUCUUGGAUAACAAAGUGACCUUGCUUCAUGUUCCUGCAGGUACUGUCGUGUCAAAACAAGGAGACCAGGAUGUCAACAUCCGGUUUGUGGUCUCUGGGAUGCUACAUGUAUAUCAGCAGAAGAUUGACAGUGAAGAAAAUACAUGCCUAUUUAUCACCCAUCCUGGGGAGCUGGUAGGCCAGCUGUCUGUACUUACUGGGGAGCCACUUAUCUUUACCAUCAAGGCCAACAAAGAAUGUUGCUUCCUCUCCAUCUCCAAGUCUCAUUUCUAUGAGAUUAUGCGCAAGCAACCGAAUGUUGUCCUGGCUGUGGCUCACACAGUUGUGAAGAGAAUGUCUCCAUUUGUGAGACAGAUGGACUUUGCUCUGGAUUGGAUGGAAGUAGAAGCUGGACGUGCAAUUUACAGGCAGGGUGAUAAAUCUGACUGCACAUAUAUUGUACUCAGUGGCCGUCUGCGCUCUGUAGUCAAGAAAGAUGAUGGGAAAAAACGCCUGGCUGGUGAAUAUGGACGAGGAGAUCUCAUUGGUGUGGUGGAGACACUAACCUAUCAGUCCAGAGCUACAACAGUACAUGCUGUCCGUGAUUCAGAAUUGGCCAAGUUACCAGCAGGAGCAUUGACUUCCAUCAAGCGCAGAUAUCCACAGGUUGUGACUAGGCUGAUCCAUUUGCUUGGGGAAAAGAUCCUUGGCAAUCUUCAGCAGGGAUCUAUACCAGGUCACCAAUUUGGACUGUAUUUCUCUGGCAACAAGUGGGAUUCUGGGAAUCCAUCCAGUAACCUUUCAACAGUGGCCAUCAUGCCAGUAUCAGAAGAUGUGCCCCUCAUUACAUUUACUCUGGAACUCAAUCAUGCCCUCAGUGGGAUUGGCCCAGUCUUGCUAUUGACCAGUGACAACAUCAAACAACGUCUUGGAGCUGCAGCUCUGGACAGUAUUCAUGAAUACAGAUUAUCCAGUUGGCUGGGGCAACAGGAAGACAUCCACCGCAUUGUUCUCUACCAGGCAGACAGUACCUUGACCCCUUGGACCCAGCGCUGUAUUCGGCAGGCAGACUGUAUCCUGAUUGUUGGGUUGGGAGACCAAGAGCCCACUGUGGGCGAGCUGGAAAAAAUGCUGGAAAACACAGCCGUUCGUGCUCAGAAGCAAUUGAUCCUACUUCACAAGGAGGAUGGGCCAGAGCCUUCCCGCACAGUUGAGUGGCUUAACAUGAGAACCUGGUGUUCAGCCCACUUGCACCUUCGCUGCCCCCGUCGGGUCUUUUCUCGCAGGACUCGGGCCAAAGUGAUGGAAAUGUAUGAACGUGUCUUCCAGAAGUCUCCUGAUUUGUACUCUGACUUUUCCCGCCUGGCUCGAGUUUUGACUGGAAAUGCUAUUGCAUUAGUGCUUGGAGGAGGAGGAGCAAGAGGUUGCUCCCAAGUUGGUAUCAUCCGGGCCUUGAUGGAGGCAGGAAUUCCUGUGGAUAUGACAGGAGGAACCUCAGUUGGAUCUUUCAUGGGGGCUCUAUUUGCUGAGGAGCGAAACUACAGCCAGACAAGGAUCCGGGCCAAGCAGUGGGCCUUGGAUAUGACUUCAGUAAUGAAGACAGUGCUGGACCUGACUUAUCCGAUUACCUCCAUGUUCUCUGGAGCAGCUUUCAAUAAUAGCAUCAGAAAAGUCUUCAAAGACAAACAGAUUGAGGACCUCUGGAUUCCUUAUUUUGUUAUAACAACAGAUAUCACUGCCUCUACAAUGAGGGUCCACACAGACGGCUGCCUGUGGAGGUAUGUCCGAGCCAGUAUGUCUCUAUCUGGUUACAUGCCCCCGCUCUGUGACCCCAAAGAUGGGCACCUACUGAUGGAUGGUGGCUAUAUCAACAACCUCCCAGCUGACGUGGCCAGAUCUAUGGGUGCCAAAGUGGUGAUUGCCAUUGACGUGGGCAGCAGGGAUGAAACGGACCUCACCAACUACGGUGACUCGCUGUCUGGCUGGUGGCUGCUGUGGAAACGCUGGAACCCUCUGGCUACAAAAGUGAAGGUGCUGAAUAUGGCAGAGAUCCAGACACGUUUGGCCUAUGUGUGCUGUGUCAGGCAACUGGAGAUGGUGAAGAACAGUGAUUACUGUGAAUAUAUCCGACCACCCAUUGAUCGCUAUGGCACCCUGGACUUCAACAGAUUUGAUGAAAUCUGUGAGGUGGGUUACCAGCAUGGACGAACUGUAUUUAGCAUCUGGAACCGCAGUGGUGUGCUGAAAAAGAUGCUAAAGGACCGACACGAAAUCCGCAAAAUGAAAGCCACAGAUGUGCUCACCUACCCCAAUGCCUCCUUCACUGACCUGGCAGAGAUUGUGUCACGUAUUGAACCAGCCCGAUCCACAGUGGCUGAUGAUGAAUCCGACUACCAGACUGAAUAUGAAGAGGAGAUCCUAGACUUCCCUAGGGAGGAUAUCGACUACCAGAGUACUGCAAAACAAGAUACUCAGAAAGAUUCUUCCUUGUGUGAAGAGAAUUCAGACUAGGAAGAAGACCACUCGACCCAGAAUUAUUCCAGCUCCUCCCAGAGCAAAUCCUAUCAAUUUACCGAUUCCCUUUCUGCCAUCUCAGACUUGGAUUCCUAAAAGCCCUAUUCCCCUAUGAGAGGCCAUGAGGCUUGUCUAUUGGGAGGCUGAGAUCUUGAUGUUUGGUGCUGCUGGAAUGAAGCCAAUCACUUCUCCUGAAGCCAUCUUGGGCAUCUAUGGGAGGGAUGGGCACUUUUGAUUUCCUCCUCUCCCCCAUUCAAUCAAAUCACUGGCCAGUUGUGUGAUGCUAUUCUCCCAGGAUUGGGGGUGGGGGUAGAGAAUGAGGGAGACUGAGGAAGGGAAUUCAGUGUGUUGGGAGAGUAAGAGAGAUGCUGGAAAAAGGAAAUCUGUGGGUUCCUGUGGUUUUGUGUAGUUGGAAGUGCCCUUGAAGUGCUUCUUCAUUGAUCUUGUUAGAGAAGUCUGGGGAGAAACCUUUGGAAGCCUUGGAGUCUGGGGUUAGGCUGGGGUUUUUAGCAAAUGGGAGUCUUGAAGCAAUUCCCUGCCUUUAGUGUUUAAACCACUAUGGGAGAAAGGCCUGAAUGAAGGUGUACGGGAGAUUCUCAGACAGGUCAGUUGCUUGUCUCAAAGGUAUUCCCCUUAGGAGUCUUUGGGUGAUGUGACGACCUUCACUCACUCUCAAGUGCUUGUUCUGAUCUGAGUCACCCACCUGGAGCCAUCCUCUUCCUGAGUUAAGCCAGGGUGAGAGUAGGAACCUAGUCAGAGAGAACUGGGCCCUAUAAGACUUAAUCCAUCUUCCCAUCUUGAUCCUCUCCUCCUGAGGUCAGGAUAAGGCAUGACCAAUGGUCAUGGUAUGGUGACCAAGCCAGAUUCUCCACUUCUCCAUUUAAGGACUCAGUACCCAAGAUAUAUAUUGUUUUCAUGUCCUUGAUCACCCAUAAAAGAGCAACCCAAAAAGAGUGAACUAAAGGACCAGGGCUGGGCCCUGAAAGCCAAUCCUUCAUUCAAGAGGCAUUUAGGACUACCCUUAACCCUAAGGUCCAAAACAAGCCUCUGAGAAACAUAAAAAGUUGGGAAAUAUGACCAGAAUAAAGGAUACUUCUUCACGCUCACUUCCCAGGAUCUUAGCUCCCAUUCCUCCAAUUUGUGGCUUCUGAAAGGUCUCUGGGGGGGGAGGGAGGGGAAGGGGGGGAGAGGAUAUUCCUCUCUACCAGCUCAAUAUGGGAAGCAACCUCUUUCUCUCAGGGGAUGGACAGGUUAGAGACUGGAGAUGGGAAGAUGUAGGAAACUAAAAAGGCAGCAUAUAAUUUAGUUUAUUAAUAAAAAAAAAUAUAUAUAUAUAUAUGUAAAAUUCACUGACUGCACUUUCUCUGAACACACCAUGGUGAGGGUCUAGGAUGAGCAAGAUAGAAUUAUUUCUGUCUUUCAGAUCAUCCACUGGUAGAGCCUCUUCCUGAGGGCCUGGAGAAUGCCCUCAAGAAUAGAGAUGCUUCUGAUCCACUAUCCCCAGAGGGUGACUGGGCCCAAUGCCAUCCUCCCUGAUGCUGUUACCAGUACAUAAUCUAAACUUGAUCUUCAUUCCCUUGCCUUUACCCUAGGCCUAAAGAUGAGGGUAUACAAAAUAACUGUAGCUGAGGAGCAGAGGCUGCUUGAAUUUUUCCCUGCCCCUGCAUUCUGUAGCUGCAGCUAACUGUUUGUGGCACAGAGAAGCAAUCCCAAAAGGCACUGAAGAGCAGAGGGAAAAUGACUCCCUGGGCCUCCCACAAACCAAAAGCCUGUUUCCUGCUUAAAUAGACUUAACUUCCCUUACCAACAAACCUUGUCCAUAAUUCUGUGAUCUAAAGUUGCUAGAGUGGGAGAGGCAAGUAAUACAUAACUAGUCAUGGGCUCCCAUUUCUACACCCACAUACACAUACACACCAUAUGCUACAAUGCCCUAGGGACCCCCAGGGAAGAAUGUUUAUACUUCCUGCCCUAGUCCUCUGGUCUUUGUUCUGAGUUCCUGCCUCUCAACACCUUCCCUCUUUCUCGGAGGGCAGAAAGUUAUUCAAUUGCCAUUUGCACUCAAUUACAUGUAUAGUGAGGGAUUAGGAAAUUGGUUCUACUAACCCUCCAAUACAACCCAAACCAUAUUAAACUAAUUGGGGAAUAUUUAACAAAAAUACAAUAAAACCAAGAUGAUAUGACAUUUACAUUUUAAACUAACUCAAUAGGUGACCCACAGAGAUCCCUAUAUAUGGAUUAGUAACCUCAUUUCUGAUUUGAGUUUGACACCACUGAUUUAAAGAAUUAAAAUUCAUUAUUACAAACCCCCGCUUUUAGUGAGCCACAAACUGUUGAACCAUUUUGUAAAGCAAAGCAUAGUUCUGUAAAAUGAGUGUCACCCCAUGACCUUUGAUUUAUAAAAUCACAAAUGCAUGUGCCUUUCACACUUGAGACUCAAUCCAAUUCAACACACAUUAAAAACCUAAUGUUCAAAAUGCUGAGAAAUACAAAGAUGGAAAAUGAAACAGUAGCUACCUUCAAGAAGUUUACCUUCUACUGGAUGAAAUGGCAGGCAGCAGAGCUCUGUGAAGGGGUGGGGGUCUAAGUCUCACUUCAGCUGACUCCCUGACUGACCUCGACCCCCUCUUGAUGUCUCAAGUUCCUCCAAUAAAAUAGAACAGAACAAUA